AUGGUCGCUGAGCUCUCUGCCCUCCAACAAAUCAUCAACGCCCUCACCGGGCUCAAUGGGCUCCCCGUGGUGAUAGUGGAAUGUGCCGUAACCACAAUCUACACUUCCCUGGGCGGCUUCAAAGUCUCUUUUAUUACGGACAACAUCCAAGGCGCCAUGGUUGUAGGGCUGAUCAUCAUCGGGUGCAUCACUGUCGGCGUGGAAACUCAUAUCCGUCAGGACUUGAUCGACAAGAGUGGAUACCUGAAUGCGAGCUUGUUGGGCUGGCAAUUGGUUUACAUCCUGCCAGUGGCCAUCUUGACGAAUGAUUUCUUCAUUUCGGGAUUUUGGAUGAGGACGUUUGCGGCGAAGACGGAUAAAGAUCUGUGGGUCGGUGUAAGCAUCGCGACCGUGGCGGUCGCCAUCAUCUUGACACUUUGCGGCGUGUCUGGGCUCUUGGCAGGAUGGUCUGGCGCGCUGGGGGAUCCGCCUCAGCAGUCUUCGAUCGCCUUUUUCCUCUUACUGGAACAACUUCCCGCUUGGGUCGUGGGGAUCGUGGUUGUCAUGACGGUCGCUUUGUCCACUGCAGCAUUCGACAGCUUUCAAUCCGCCAUGGUGAGCACCGGGUCUAACGACAUCUUUCGAAACAAGUUGAACCUAUGGGUUCUCCGAGCCACAGUAGUGGUGAUUAUUGUCCCGGUCGUCGUGGUGGCAUUGAAGUCCCCUUCGGUGUUACAGAUUUACUUGAUUUCCGACCUCAUCUCGGCGUCGUCCAUUCCUGUAUUGGUUAUCGGGCUCAGUGAUCGAUGUUACGCCUGGCGCGGGUUUGAAGUCGUAGUCGGUGGAUUGGGUGGUAUAUUCACCGUCUUCCUGUUCGGCCUUGUUUUCUACAAGGGAGACGCCAGCGCUGCAGGAGCUCUCAUGUUGCUGGAACAAGGCCUCUACGCGGAUGAUUGGUCCGCGUUCGGAGCGUUUGUGGCUGCGCCAGUUGGUGGGCUUCUGUGGGCCCUUGGUGCGUUUGGAUUGAGGCUCGCUGUUCAGUGGUGCAUCGCGAAGAUUCAAGGGACAAAGUUCGAUGCGCUGGACAAGCCCGCGGCGCCGACGGCGAGCUUUUACACUGGGAGAGUCAGUCCUGCGCCGGGCGAUUCAGAGGGAGAAGUCUAUGCUGAUGGAGACGGGGUUGUGAGGAGCCAAGUCGAAGUCAAGGGCAAGUUCUUUUGA